AUGUCUGCUGAUUGGUAUCAACAUUUUACUGAGCAUGGAUAUGCUGUUGUACCUUCAGUAAUUUCCAAAAAGAAAGCUGAGAAGUAUCAGCUUUCCGCAUUUAAAUGGUUAAAGUCAUUCGACAAUCCCGAGCUGGACCUCAAUAUUCCGUCGACAUGGACGCCCUCGAACCUGCCUUUCAUUUCCGAGAUCAACACCUUCAAUCACUACGGUGUGGUGCACGAAGAUUUUAUGUGGGACAUACGGCUUGAGCCCGGACUAAUUGAUAUCUUCGCGAGGAUUUGGGGCACAGACGAACUGCUUGUGUCCUUCGAUGCUCUGAACAUUACAUUGCCACGCCGCCCAGGGCAUGUCCCGCGCAAGAAAUGGCCGCAUGUCGACCAAUCCCCCUUUCGCGAAGGGUUACAAUGUGUACAAGGCAUUGUGAAUCUCUCAAAGGCUGGACCUGAUGAUGGCGGCCUCACGAUAUACCCAGGCACACACAAAGUAACCGAAGAGUUCUUCCAGAGCCAAAUCGAUAGAGCAUCUUGGGAGCGGAAAGACUGGUAUCGCUAUUCGGAAGAGCAACUUGCUUGGUUUGAAGGGAAGGGCUUCAAGGAAUAUAAAGUAGUGGCGGAGCCGGGAGAUCUUAUCAUAUGGGACUCGAGGCUUGUGCAUUUCGGGGCUGAGCCGACCGAAAAGAGCUCUGUUAUUCGGACAAUAACCUAUGUAUCAUACGCACCUUAUUCAUUUGCAUCUGCAGAGGCUUUGGAGGCGAAGAGAAGCGCUUUUAGUCGGUGGUCAGCCACCACACACUGGCCACACGACAACAUUAAUAUUCGAUCUAACGAGCCUCUGUAUCCGGAUGGAAGUGUCGAUUCUCGAAGGAAAGAGCCGAAGAAUAAGCCGGAGCUGAGUGUCAAGCUCCUUAGACUUGCAGGAGUUGAGCCUUACCCAAGUUCCAAAUGA